CAUGCACGACUGCACACACAUACGGAAAAGAAGAAGAGGAGGUGGGAGCACAAACACACACACCGGAAAGACAGCCCUCAAGUGUAGUGUAAACACACACACACACACACACACACUCUGAUGCGUGAUGAGUGCAGGAAUCACAAACAUAGCGACACACAGAAGCGCAUGACGCCCGCAACCUAAUGCCGUUGUCUCUCUUUCGCUCUCUCUCUCACACACACACUCCGUCUCUCUAUUUCACACACACCUCUCAGACACACACGGCAGUGCACAAGCCAGCGAACAGGACAGUGCUGGACGUAUCAUUUAUAUAGGGAAUAGAUCCGAAGAAAAGGAUUAACGGUCUCCAUCCCUCUCACUCUACGGACCUUAUCCUCUCUUCCCUCCUCUUGUGUCUCUAAGCCUCUCUUCACUACAUUUUUUUCACAAUCCCUCCUUUUUCACCAUUCAUUGGUGGGUUGAAGGGGAAGCUGGGGGGGGUUGCCUCUACACAGAAAGAAGGAUUAUUCGCACAUUAUUCAUUCGACCAGGAUCUUGAAUGUAUGGAUUUCUUUAACUGAAGCAUUUUUCCUUCUAUGUUUUUCCCUGUGAGAAAUUUUUGAUUUUUGAUUUUAUUGGGGGGGAGGGGGGCAUUUUUGGGGGGGUGGCUGAUGGCAGAAAUCUAUAAGGCUGUUACUGUCUGAGAUAUUUGGUUAAAAGGUGUUCUGGUGUCGCUUUUUGCAGUCGCCUGCCCUAGUGGAGGCUGCAGGCAUGGCAGCUUGACGCCCCCCAAUAGCCCCCCGCCCCUCCGACAGAGGAAGGCUGCAGAGCACUGUGUCAUGCCCCCCCACAUCCACCCCCCUGGGGGCAUCCGCUUGCCCCUGCCCAGCUCUACCACCCACCACCUGGCCAGACCUGUCUUCCUCUGUGUCCUCUGCAUCCUGGCUGUGCUGCUGCCCCCAGCCUCCUCCUGCCCUUCUCCCUGUCUCUGCUAUUCAGAUGGCCUGGUGGUGGACUGCGGGGGCCGGGGUCUCUCCUCCCUGCCUCCCCUUCACCUCCUGCCUCCGGGGAGCCGCUCUCUCCUGCUAGCCAACAACAAGCUUGCCUCGCUGGGAGCCUCUGCCUUCGCUAACCUCUCUUCCCUGGAGGAGCUGGACCUUUCUAACAACUACCUGGAUAAUUUACCAGCUGGAUUAUUCAGGGACAUGUCCAACCUGACGAGACUGACUCUGCACAACAACUCACUAACAGUAAUGGACAGAGAACUCUUCCAGGGUUUAGGGGGUCUUCAGAGCCUGGAUCUGUCCCUGAAUGGUCUUUCCUCUGUCCCUCUGGGGGUACUGGAUGAGCUGCAGAGCCUCAGGUGGCUGUCUCUAGCGGGUAACAGGCUUCAUGGUUUGGAGAGGGCAGCAUUUGAGCCACUUGCCAACCUUCAACACCUGGAACUGGGACACAACCCCUGGGAAUGUGACUGCAACCUCCGCGAUUUCAAACACUGGAUGGAGUGGCUGCUGUACAGAGGGGGGAAGGUGGACGCGGUGGAGUGCACGCUGCCGAAGGAUCUGCGUGGGCGAGACAUCCGUGGCGUUCCAAUAGAAAUGUUCAACUACUGCCUCCAACUUGAAGAUGAGAACGGUGGAGGAGGAGGUGAGGGUUCCCGGUCUGGACAAGGAGGCAGUCCUCCCUGCAGCAGGAACGGUCUUAACCCCAGUGGGGCAACACCAAUUUCUGACAACAGCAAAACUGGUGAUGACUCCUCGUCAAACACGGGUGGUGGAGGAGGAGGAGGAGGAGGUGGAGAGGGACCGUCAGAUUGUGUCCGCGCCCGUUACCGACCCGUGAGCGUGCGCCGCGCCAUUGGCACAGUGGUGAUUGCCGGAGUGGUGUGCGGCAUCGUUUGCAUCAUGAUGGUUGCAGCUGCGGCUUACGGUUGCAUCUAUGCCUCACUGAUGGCCAAGUACCAGAGAGAGCUGAAAAAGAGGCAGCCACUGAUGGGAGAUGGAGAGGGAGAUGGGGAGGAUAGGGAGGACAAACAGAUCUCCUCUGUGGCCUAAAGGAGUAACAAGACGGGGUAGGGUUGGCAUGUCAAAGGGUGAAGGUUGGAAGGGGCGAAAAUUAAAAGGGCUCGAAGAGGAGAGAGAUGAAAGAGCUUGUUUUAUGCACACAGAGAGUUAUGGUAUAUCUCCCUCUGACUCUCAAACUGACACCUUGCUCCCACUUUGUGUCUUCCUUUCUUGCUCCCUUUUCUAUUUUUAACCUUCUCCCUUUCUGUCCCACCCCCUUACGUACACAUACCUUAUCUGUUCUCUGAGUUUCCUAUUUGGAGCUAUUCUCACUGCAGUAUUUGUUACCAAUCAUUCCUCCAACUCGCCUACCAACCACCUACUGCUGCUCUUGGCUGCUGCUGAAUUUACCAUUAUAUUGGCUGCCAUCAAAAAACUGUUUAGUACUCUCUCUAGUAUGAAACAUAUCAUUUAAUCUGUUACAAGACACUCAUGGUAGAUGGUAAGUCAGUAUUUGUAAAAAUUUUCAGGGACAGAUAUGUAUCAAUAGUCACAACAAUGAGAAUAAUUUGUGGUAUUAGGUAGUGCUCAGCUCUCAUUUUGUUUGCAUCUUUCUCCUCCUCAACCUCUCUAAAGCCAACAGUUUCCCCAAAAAACCAGGACCCCAGCCAAGAUCCCUUCAACCUCAUCUGGCCUAAUGCUCCUCUGACGUUCCCUUGGACCCCAAAGAAACAGGUAGCGGUGGAAAGCUUGGGCAAAACGAGGAAAACUUUGUGGAUAAACAUAAAGAGAUGUCAUUUAUAUAGUCAACACCUCUCUAGCACUUUGUGACAGAGAAUACUGGGGAAACAUACAGAUUAUAUGUUGAUAGGAAAUCAAACUCAGUCUUCUGUGUCCCGUGUCUCUUGAAACUUCUUAGAGAUGUUUAAAUGGAACAGGAAACCAUAUGGAUUGACAAAAUAAUCACUCAUGAGUGGUUAGAUAUUCUCCCCUAUUUGGACCAGAUCUAUUUCUCUCUGGGUCUCCUCUGGACCAAUAACAGUCUCCAGGGGUGAGAUUCUUCAAUGAAUUUUAUCACUUUAGUUCAUUGGGGAACAAACCGUUUUAACUGGAAUUUGAAUUUGCUGUAUUUGUCACUUUUCAUUGGAACAAGGCCCUGGCUUACUUAAUGCUUGUUAAAUGAAUAUCAUCAGUAUCUGGACCAAUCAAAAGUCUCAUAACAUGGUGAAAAAGUCAAACAAAUGGUAUUACUUGGACUAUGCUUCUAGGCAGGUUCAGAAAAGUAUUCACAAUGGUUUUAGUGAAGUUGUUGAGGUUUAAAGGACCACAGACUUUGCUUUGACUAACUUUUUAUUUUCUGAGCAAAUUUUCAGACUGAUUUCACCCCACAGAGGUGAAUGUUUGUUACUAUGGCAUGGAAGCACUAUCUCAGAGAACCCUGUCUCCUGGCAAAGACUACAAAAAGUCAUCUAAGGACUACAAACUUCAGACUCCUGCACUUUAUUUCCCCAACCAGAUCCCCUUUGGCCUACUUCUCACUCCUCCCUUCCUAUCUUUCUUUCUAACAUGGACGAUUUGCCUAGAGGGAUUAUAACGAACAAGGGAUUAAAUAAAAAUAAGCUGCUAUUCCCCCCUGCCUCCUCCUCCUUCUUGUCCCUUUAUCUAUCUAUCAAUCUUUCCAUUCAGUUCUAUUUAAGGAAAGGUUUUCACGCUUCCUUAAAGACUUCCACCUCCUUUCUUUCCUUUCAUCCAUCCCUUCUCCCAUACUGUUGUCCUCAUGUUUUCCUGAAAGGUCAGCAAUAUGCAAUGGAAGUUGUGUCACCAUAACAUGAAAAUUGUGUUACUGCCAAAGAGUCCUUCUGUAUAAACUUAGUAGUCAUCACUUAUUAGAGUUAUUUCUCAGUGCAUUCACAAAAACAGGUUAGUUUGUUUGCUUUCAAUAGUUUUAUUCCAUAAGUAUCCUUAUAUAAGCCCUGAAAUAUUCAUGUAAACUUUAACAUUUUAUAGUUGUGUCUUCAGUUAUGAGCAACUUCAAAAAUCUGGCUUUCAUUGCAUAUUGCUUCCUUAAAGUAGAACUAUUGUUCCCUCUCAAAUUUUUAAUCGGCUGGAAAUAAACCUAUAUUAAUAGUGUGUUAUCUUAUGCCUGGGUAUGAUUCAGAUAAAUAUUAUUAUAUUAGUCUCUAAUAUGGUGUGUUGGCCCAGCGAUCCCCAAAAUGGUUUUUGAUGUAACUCUCCAUGGUUUUCUGUAUCAAUUCCUGAUGUAUGUCUUUUCUUGUGUUAUUGCGUCUAUGAUCUGUUUUGUUUUAGGUUUUAAUAUCUCUGUAAUGUUUGUUUAUUUGUCAUGUUCAUUUAUUGACUUUGUGUUCAGUAGUUGGUAAAGUUUCUGCAAGAGGCUUAGAAAGAGUUUGGCCAUUGAGAGUGAUGAGGGCCCUAUAAUGCUGCAUCGAAAGGUCUUUUUUUAAAGCAGUGCUAUAGGACCAACUUUAUCUCUUACAAAUAACUUUUUAUUAUGCAACUUAUUUGAAAUAACAAGCAGCAUUAACAUUUAUGGAAAGACACGCUGCCCAUAUUGUAGUUGUCAGGAUAUCAGACAGAACAUUUGCAUCUACAAGAUGUUGGGUUACAAGAUUUUUCAAUUCGUUACUAUUUCUGCAAUAUCCAAAAGCUGAGAUUGAGUUAUGGCAACUAAACCAAGUGGAAAAAGCGUUAGCGAGAGGUCGUCAUCCUGGAUAAAUAAUAAAAAUAUCAAGGCUAAUGCCUUGCAUGAGAUGGGACAUCAGGUCAGUGAAAACAGCGCUGAAGACAAACUCUUAUCCACCACCCUGACCUCCACACUAGGGCUGCAGCUAAUGAUGAUGUUAGUAUUCUAAGCUUCUAUAGAUUAUUUCAACAAUUCAUUGAUGUGUUGUUUAAGAACUACUUUUCUUGGCGGCGGUAACAGGAUCAGCUGUGUACGUUUAUAGGUGAUAUUUAUUGGUCCUUUCAGAAAUUCAUAGAGUGUCAUACAGCAAACAUCAGACCAACAACCAGACAGCUGUUUUACAAACACAAACAUAAC